CUGAUCGCAGCGGACGCGCAUCCAACCAGCUCGGAUUCUACCUCUCUCCCGGGGAAAGGAUGGAGUUCGGGAGGAAGCCCUUGAGCCUUGUGGAGCUCUGCGUGCGGAAGGCCAUCGACAACCUCCGCUACAUGGGCAGCGUCGACGGCGUCGAGAUGGAUCUGCUCAAGCGCAUCCUGCCGCACUGCACGAUGGAGCAGCUCACCCGCGUAGAGAACAGCACCGAGAUGGAUCUUAGCUUGGUAACUGAUCCGCUGUGGAGGCGAUUCUACCAGCGAGAAUUCGGUCAGGAGCAUACGAGCAAAGUCAUCGCAAGGCUGAAGGAGCUUGGGCAAAAAACGCCGUACACAUGGAGGGAGCUCUUCGCGGCGAAAAAAGAGAAACAGAAGGAAGUUGAGGAUAAGAUGCUUGACAAAUUCACAAAGAAGUUUCAGGCAGAGAGAGCUGAGAAACAAAGCAAGCAAAUCAAACUCUGUACAAAGGUGCCUCCAAGCAGCAAAAGGAGUUUCUUUGGAGGAAGUGGACCUAGCAGUGUAUCCAGUUCCAGCUACAAGAGCCCUAUACUGAAGAAGGCUAGGAUAGAGGUUAACAGUCGAGCAAGAUUGCAGUCUGCUAUGCAAAAGAAUACUUUUGCGAGGUCAUCUCAGCCAAUAAGGACGACCUCUGUUAGUGGACAGCCAGUGAGAACAACUACCAUUCAUAGGCCCAAUUCAACCGUCACCAUCACCAAACCGAUGGGAAAAAGCAGGCAAAUUCAGAACAGCAGGCCCAAAUUCUAGGAAACGGUUUGCUGCGAUAUCGCAAUUUCAACUCCAGAGCUCAUAUGUCCUCUGAAGAAAGCGCCUCCUUUGUACAAAAGGAGUAGCACACCGUACUCAUUUUUUUUUUUGGCAAAGGAGAGACGUGCCAAUUGUAACGUAAAAGGCGUUACCAAUGUUUGUAACAAACGAUUUCUUGUAUUAAAGAAAAAAGGGUUUGUUUC